AUGACCAAGGUAUAUUUCAUUUCUGGAGCUAACCGUGGUAUCGGUUUCAACAUUGCCAAAAUCUUAGCUCAAAGACCAGAUGUCAAAGUCAUUACUACUGCUCGUAAUGUCGAGGCUGCAAAGGAGCUUGCUGAAUUGAAGGCUAGCACUGGUAAAGUUGAAAUUCUUCAAUUAGACGUUAGUUCUGAAGAAAGCAUUGACGCUUUAGAUGCUCAGUUGAAGAAGGUUGCUGAAGACGGUGUGGAUGUGUUUAUUUCAAAUGCCGGAAUUUCUGAUUCUUACUCUACUGUAUUGGAAGCUCCACGUAAGGUAUGGACUCAUCAUUACACCACUAAUGCUUUGGGCCCUAUCUUACUUUUCCAAGUGCUUUACCCUUAUUUGCUCAAGAAGAAGACUAGACAGAUUUCUUUUAUUUCUACUGGGGCUGCAUCAAUUGGUGCCUAUAUUCCUUUCAGUAGCUCUGCUUAUGGGCAGUCUAAGGCAGCUUUGAACUAUUCUGUUAAGGAAAUCAGUUCUGAAUUGGAUGCUGAAGAAUUCACCGUUAUCGCACUUAGUCCAGGUAUGGUCACCACUGACAUGGGUCAGGAUGCAUUCAAGAGAAUUGCUGAUCCAGUUGUUCUUCAAUCCUUAAAGGAUAUGUCAAUUACUCCAGAAGUAAGCGCCACUAGUCAAAUUGAGGUAUAUGAUAAGUUGACCAGAGAGUCCAAUGGGAAGUUUUUGAGUUUUGAUGGUACUGAGUUAGUUUGGUAA